ACACAAAGGUCGAAAAAUAAGCGCAAAGAUGGACUUUUAAAACAAACAAAAAUAUAGUAAAAAUUGAUUUUGCAAAAUUUUACUAAAAAUAUAAAUAAAACUUGUGUUAAGUGAAAAUAAAUAAAUAAUGGCGCGUUACGAUUCACAAAUAUGUCGGGAUUCACCAAAUUGUUACAAUAACGAGAAUCUAUAUUUUAACGAUCUGCGGCUUAACGAUGUUUCAAUUAUUGAACAACAAUGGAGUGCUUCAUAUUGCUCUGACUCGAGUAACAAUCCAGGCUGCUAUAUAACAAACGCUUGUUCGGGAGCAAAUUUAACUUCCAACUCAUUUUAUCGGUCGUCACAAUGUUGUUCUGAAUCAUCACCCAAAUUUGAUGAAACGGGAAAAGACUUUCAUGAGAUUUUACUCACACCCACUUCAACGAAAGAAGUUGCUGCUGUGCCUGCUGUGCGUAUAAUUAAGAAAAGAAAUACAGCCAACAAGAAAGAACGAAGAAGAACACAAAGUAUCAAUAAUGCUUUUACAUGUUUACGAGAAAAAAUUCCCAAUGUACCAUCAGAUACGAAAUUAUCCAAGAUUAAAACGCUUAAAUUAGCUAUACUUUACAUUAAGUACCUGGUUGAAGUUUUGGAUGGAGAUCAGGAUCCGAAAACAGGAUUUAGCGCUGAUUUAAGGCCACUACACAGAAAAGGUUCCAGUGACAAGAGAUCUUACCUAAAACAUGAUAUAAAGAAUAUGCAACGCUCAAAUAAAGGACGCACUGGUUGGCCUCAAGAUGUCUGGGCUUCCGAAUUAAUUCCUGAUCAAGAGUGAAUGAACGUUUUGUGAUUUCAACCGAACAAUUUUAUUGCUUGAAAUGCUGUUUGGUGUAAUUUUGUUUAAUUAGAUUAAGUGUGACUUAAAUCAUAAUGUAUUUAUUUUAUAUAAAUUUGGUUAUUUUAUUAUGAAU